AUGGCUAUCCAGCGAAUCCUCCUAACCCUCGGCGCCUGGCUAUCCAGCAUUGUACACGUACAUGUACCCCACCGAACACCCGAAUGCAGAACUCUGCCUGGCGACCUGAAGUGGCCGAGCCUAGAGCAAUGGCUGUUGCUCAAUGAAACCGUAAACGGACGUCUGAUUGCAUCUGUCCCACUCGGCAGUGUCUGUCACGAUGCCCCCUUCAACCGCUACGACGCUGCCGCAUGUGCCCGGCUCCAAAGCAGCUGGAAUAAGACCAGAUUGGCCCACAUGGACGACCCUUCGGAAGUGUUCAGCAUGUGGUUCAAGAAUUACACCUGCAGUCCCUUCACGCCCCGUUCUCAGCCCUGCGAACUCGGCAAUCUCGUCAGCUACGUGAUCGAUGUCGGUUCGGCCGACGACGUGCGAGCGGGAAUCAACUUUGCACGCCAACACAACCUUCGGCUGGUUAUCAAGAAUACCGGCCACGAUUACAUGGGCAAGUCGACUGGAAAGGGCGGUCUGUCUCUAUGGACACACCAUCUCAAGUCCACCGAGCACAUCCCGGAAUACUCCUCCCCGCACUACCACGGCCCCGCCAUCAAGCUCGGCGCCGGCGUGCAGGCCUUCGAGGCCGCCGCAGCCGCCCAUAGGACCGGGCACCGGCUCGUGAGCGGUGUCUGUCCGACCGUUGGGAUUGCCGGCGGCUACAGCCAAGGGGGAGGACACUCGAUCCUGUCAGGGGUGUACGGGAUGGGGGCAGACAACGUGCUGGAAUGGGAGGUGAUCACCAUGGAUGGACAGCACCUCGUGGCGACCCCAAGCCAGAAUGCCGAUCUCUACUGGGCCCUCAGCGGCGGGGGGCCCGGGACCUUUGCCGUGGUGUUGUCCAUGACGGCUCGACUUCAUCCCGACGGCGUCAUAGCCGGCGCAUCGUUGUCCUUCGACGACUCGCGAGUGGGCAACGACGCUUUCUGGGAAGCUGUCGGGGCUUUCCACCAGCUGACGCCGGCGUUUGUCGACGGGGGGAACAGUUUCUUCUACCUGAUCACCAACACGGCUCUCACCGUCUACGCGGCAACCAUGCCGGGCGCUGCUGAUGUCGACCGCGCCAACGCCCUCCUGCGGCCCUUCAUUGACGACUUGGCAGCUCGCGGCAUCACAGCCAACGUGCGAGUCCGCAUGUCCGACAGCUUCGACGAGCACUUGACGACUCACGUCGGCCCGGGUCCCGAGGGUUGGAUCGACUACGCCACAUUUUCCGGCAGCCGCCUAAUUCCGCGGGCCGUGGUGACCGACUCAGCGCGCAACGCUAUCCUUACACAGACGCUCCGCAACAUCUCGCUGGCCGAGGGCUACGGGCCGAUCCCGUGCGAGGCCCUGAACAUCGCCCGGCUGGAAAUAAAACACCCGGACAACGCCGUGCACCCAGCCUGGCGCGAGGCGCUGCUAUUUUGUGUACAGGGUGGCUCCUGGGACCCGGACGCCAGCCCCGAAGAGAUGGCGCGAAGGCACGACUUCGCGGCCAACGUCAUGCAACCCAUGAUCAACAAGGCGACGCCGGGCGGUGGUAUAUACCUCAACGAGGCCAACUACCAGACCAAGAAUUGGCAGCGCGAGAUGUACGGCUCCAACUAUCCGAGGUUGCUGGAAGUGAAGAAGAAAUAUGACCCCGAGGCGAUGCUGUAUGCGAGAACGAGCGUGGGAAGCGAGGCGUGGGUUGAGGUUGCGGAUGCUAGAAUUUGCAGAGCUGACGCUGGAAGGUCGCUCCAUGAUGGACUUUGA